AGAGCCCAUCAACUCAUUCAUCAUGCGGGAGAUCGUUAUCAAGCUAGCCCUGGCCGCUAAAUAAGCUCCACAAGAGCACAUUCAUUCCCCCUACGGCUCGUAACAUCACAUGCUUAGAUGUUAAGAUCACAUGUACUCGUAAAGCUGUAGUAUCAGCCUGCUGAGAGUUCCUGAGCUGAGCUUCUCUCCCCUGCGCGGGUGUUCCGGGAGCGGGUCUCGUGUUAUGGGAGACGCCGAGGUCGCUGGACCUGCGAGCCGUCAACAAGCAUGUCCAGCAGGAGCCUGCGGCCGCUCUGACAGCUGUCUGCUCGCACUGGGUCACUGAUCAACUUAAGUCAUGCCUGGGAAACUGAAGGCCAGAAUUGUGGCAGGACGCCACUUGCCUGUGAUGGACAGAGCCAGUGACCUGACCGAUGCCUUUGUGGAGGUCAAGUUUGGAAACACAACCUUCAAAACGGAUGUUUGUCCCAAGUCCCUUAAUCCACAGUGGAACUCAGAAUGGUUCAAAUUUGAGGUUGAUGAUGAGGACUUGCAGGACGAACCUUUGCAGAUCACAGUAUUGGACCAUGAUACCUACAGCGCUAAUGAUGCCAUAGGAAAAGUUUACAUUGACAUUGACCCUCUACUGUGUACUGAGGCAGCCUCUGUCAUUUCUGGCUGGUUUCCCAUCUAUGAUACCAUCCACGGUAUACGAGGAGAGAUCAAUGUCCUUGUAAAGGUGGAACUCUUCAACGAUUCAAAUCGCUUCAGACAGUCGUCAUGUGGAGUCAAGUUUUUCUGCACCAAUUCCAUUCCACGGGGCUACCGCGCCGUGAUGGUGCAUGGAUUUGUAGAAGAACUGGUAGUGAAUGAAGACCCCGAGUACCAGUGGAUAGACCGUAUCAGAACUCCUCGGGCUUCCAAUGAAGCUCGGCAGAGGCUCAUCUCUCUCAUGUCUGGAGAGCUUCAGAGGAAAAUAGGGCUUAAGGUAUUGGAGAUGGGUGGGAAUGCAGUGGUGGGGUACUUGCAGUGUUUUGACCUGGAGGGAGAGUCCGGCCUGGUGGUCCGGGCCAUAGGUACCGCCUGCACACUGGAAAAACUCAGCUCCGGGAGUGUCCUGAACACCAACACACACACACACCCUAACACAGCCCCUGGUUCCAAUGCCUGCAAUUCCCCCUCUAAAGAUGGAAAGGAGCCGGUUUUUGGUGAGGAUCUUCCCUCUUCCUCCGGCCCGCCUACCCCUUUCAGAGUCCUUCCCACCUCCUCUUCCUCUCCUCCCCCCUUUUCUCCCUCCAAGCCAUGCAGCCGCCAGUCCUCAUCAUCAGACACAGACCUCAGUUUGACGCCCAAGACGGGAAUGGGCAGUGGCGGCAGUGCGGGGAAGGAAGCUGGGCACCUGAAGACGCUACUCAGGCAACAGACCCAGACGGCUCUUGAGCAGCGGGAAUUCCCCUUCUUCACCUUGACGUCUUUCCCGCCUGGUUUUCUGGUUCAUGUUGGUGGGGUUGUCAGCGCUCGCUCGGUCAAAUUACUGGACCGUAUACACAACCCUGAUGAGCCAGAAACGCGCGAUGCCUGGUGGGAAGAGAUUCGCCAGGAGAUCAAAUCUCAUGCCAAAGCUCUUGCUUGCCAUGCUGUCAUUGGUUACAGUGAGAGCACAAGCAUCUGUGAAGAGGUGUGUAUUCUGUCAGCCUCGGGCACAGCAGCCAUCUUAAAUCCUCGAUACAUGCGAGAAGGCUGCCUUGACAUUGGAAGCACAGACCACAGGUUUGAUGAGCCAUCUCCUCUUACCUGUGGCUUCUGUCACAUCCCAUAUGAUGAGCUCAACAUGCCAUUUCCUGCACAGCUCACCUAUUGUUACCACUGCAGACGUCAAAAGGUUCCUGACGUGCUGUUCACAACAAUCGACUUGCCAGCAGAAGCAGCUGUCACAGGGAAAGGCUGCCUCAUUCAGGCCAGGCUAUGUCGUCUGAAGAAGAAAGCCCAGGGUGAAGUGAAUGCUACGGCAAUCUCCAACCUGCUGCCUUUCAUGGAAUAUGAACUGCACACUCAGCUGAUGAAUAAACUUAAACUGCGGAGCAUGAAUGCUCUGUUUGGGCUGCGCAUACAGAUCAGUGUUGGCGAGAACAUGCUUCUGGGUCUAGCUUCUGCUACAGGAGUGUACUUGACAGCCCUGCCUGCUCCAGGAGGAAUUCAAAUUGCAGGAAAGACUCCCGGCGACUUGAGCAAUGAGCAGCAUAUGUUAAAUAUCCAGAAAAGGAUCAAUGACACCAUUGCCAAGAACAAAGAGCUGUAUCACAUAACCCCUCCGGAGCUGACAGAGGAAGGUGUAGGUUCUCCCAUCCCUGAGCCAAGGCACCGAUCCAGACUUUUUCGCUCCCAGUCAGAAAGCUCUGAUGAAUUAUCAGAGCUGGAUUUGUCCCACGGCAAAAAGGAUGCCUUCGUCCUGGAGAUCGAUGACACAGAUGCUGUUGAGGAUAUUCACUCUCUGCUUACUGAUGCACCUCCCCCUGCAGGCUUCCAUAGCUGCAAUACCGAGAUCAUGCCUGGAAUUUGUAACUGGACUUCUGGAGUACAGAUGUUUACAUCAGUGAGGGUCCUUAGAUUGAGCAAUGCCAAUUUAACGAACCAAUGCUUAAAUAAGAUCUUCACUGACCUUUGUGAGAAUCUACUAAAGAGUUUUUAUUUCAAGUUGCGCUCGAUGGUUCCCUGCUGUCUUUGUCAUCUCAACUUCGCUGUAGCAGUGCCAGAAGAAGAGCUGAUUCAGGUUUCGGUGACAGCGGUUGCCAUGACAUUUGACAAAGACCAGACUCAGGAGAAGCCAGCUGAGAAGCUUAUCACCAAAGGUGGCAUUGAGGCUGAAGAACAGCUGCAGUUUCCUCUGGAGUUAUGUGCCGACUCGUCAUCCAUCAGCUCUCAGCCUUCCUCCAAAAUCUCAGGUACAGUCUCUUUAUUCAUCCCUUCUGCAAAACUCUGCCAAAAUCAGCUGGUUAUGGUUCGUUCAGCAGGUAAAGGAACACCGAUGUGUAGUAGCUGGUUGUGUUUGUUUAGCUGUGACCUUAGACGACGGUAUUACAUUUGUGUCCCAGAGAGUACCAAUGUGUCAUCCAGAGCUGCCUCCGUUGAUUACGGUUCCUUUGCAGACAGAUGCAGCACCUGGCUAGAGCUGCUUAGGCUGAAAGCUCACACCAUAAGACGAGGAUCAGUUAAGACAAUCUCAUCCUUGGAGCACUGCAGUCCGCUGCCCGAGGGCCGUUCCCGCUCACUGCGCUCCAGUCGCAGCUUUGGAGGCAGCACGGUGACUGUGGUGAAGAUGACUCCACUCUCCUUUCUCCCUGGGACGCGCAUCAUUAAGUACCUUGGGAUCAUCAACAUGUUUUUCAUCAGAGAGACCACAUCCUUACGGGAGGAAGGUGGGGUAAGCGGCUUCCUCCAUUCAUUCAUAGCAGAGGUGUUUUCCAUGGUUCGCGCUCAUGUAGCAGCUCUAGGUGGUAACGCAGUCGUGUCCUACAGCAUGAAAGACUGUGUUUUAAUGGAAAAUCCAAACAAGAACCAGGCUCAAUGCCUCAUUAAUGUGAGUGGGGAUGCAGUGAUCUGCGUCAGGGAAACGGACCAGGAACACACGGCCUCAGUGACAAACAUCGGACAGACUUGUGGCAAUGGAGCCGAUGGCACUACAUGACAGUGAAAACCACGUGACUCUGAUUCUGACAACAGGAGAAACGGAGUGAACACACUUUUUAGUCUAGCCAUCCAAAUUUGAGCAAGAGCAAGUUUGUGUUUGCCUUAAUAUUUUCUAAAAGAUCCAAAGGUUUGGGCACAUAAUUGAGACCAAUUACUCAUUCACUCAAAAUCAUGCAGGCUGUCUUAACAAAAGAGUGCAAUAUGCCUCUACAGGCUUCAAGAGCCUUCAAGAUACCGAUGUGGCUCUGAGUGUCUUUCUAACCGUUUUCGGUAAAAAAAAAAAAAUCAGCCAAAGAACCCUGUUCAAUCUGAAUCCUUUUUUUUACUUUACAGCCAUUCAAACUGAGGGUCGCCCACAGUUAUAAUGGUUCGGCCAUAGUUUUGUGUUUGGGUGUGAGAGAAAGGCGAGGCAGCUAUAACCAGUUUGUCCGUCCAUAAAAUCAGAUGUCAUUGUAAUGCCAUCCUAAAAGGGAUUAACGUGUAUACAAACAAAGAAUUAAAACGCAACCAAAUAACUGCAAGUGUUACUCUCUGUUUUCAGCAACUUGUGUCAGUAAAAGAAAGUAUUUGAAUUUCAUUAGACGGCUGCUCCUCUUCGCAAUAUAAAAUCCAGCCGGGUACGGGAGUUUAGGAGCAAGAUUCCCAACAUCCCUGCUAUACUCUGAUCUCCAUCUUUUAAUACUAGAAAAUUCAUUGAUGUACAGUUUUAAAAUCUGUUAUGUGUAAAUAUGAUCUGGUAUUGUUUUUCGUUGAAAGAUAAUAAUCCCAGUUACUGGAACAGUAUUUUUAACAGGCGGUAACCUACAGAUAAUUUUUUUUUUUUGGGCGGGGGGCAUCUGGUGAUGGGUGUCCAAGAUAAAUUUUGCUUUGACUUUAGAAAAAAGUGUCUUGCAACUUAUAAAAAGAAAAGAGAGGCUCACAUUACAGACAUAAUACCCCCCCCCCCAAGAGCAAGAGCAAGAGUGAUUACUUUCCCUUCAGAAGAAUAAGUAUGUAUUCUAGUGGCUAUUUUAUAAUUAAAAAUGUUUUGCUUCCUUUUUAUUUAUUUCUUUGAUUGAUCGUAUAUGGGGAAACAAAGUGGCAUAAUCGGUAUAUUUAUGUUUAAUUGAGUAAUUUCUGGCAAGAAUAGACAAUUAAUGAAGGGUAUAAUGUGAGAAGUAAGUAAAUAAAAUUGAUUUUUUUUUUUUUUUUUUGGGUGGGGGGGUUCAUAGAAUAAACUUUAAGAUUUAUACUAAACUGAAGUUUGGUAUGAAAACAGCUCCAGCUUCAUUUUCAGCUCAUCUCCUCCUCCAGGCUUCAUCGUUGUUGCUUUGGUACUGAUGUUCAUCUUAAUCUUGCUGCUGAUUUGUCUCUACUGUCCAGCAUUGAAAGAAGUAUCUUCUAGUGUUUGUGCCAUCUGAAAAUAAAAUGUAUAUAUUGUCUUAAUUCAGAUUUUAGUAUUUUUGUAGCAUACUAUUGAAAAUUGCAUAGUAUUACAUAAAGACCUGUGUAAAAUUUUCAGGAUUUACGUUGGUGUGUCGGAUAUGAAGUGGUACUCUAAUCUAUUCGUAUGAUCAGUUGUUUUGUCUAAAACUUGAAUGUAUAUAGUUGGAUGCUCUUGCUUUUUAAUUAGCAGCAUGCAGACCCACUUUUUACUGCCAUUAAUCUGUAUGUUUGCCUGGUAAGAUGCACAAUAAACUAAAGUCAAACCAA